CUCGCCCAGGAUGUUCUGCACAUGCGUGGCACCAUCUCCCGUGAACAACCAUAGGAGGUCAUGCCUGAUCUCUACUUCUACAGAGAUCCUGAAGAGACUGAAAAGGAAGAGCAGGUGACAGCCAAGAAAGCUGUGACCAAGGAGGAAUUUCAGAGUGACUGGUCUGUUCCAGAUCCUGAGUUCACUGCUUCUCAACCUGAGGUGGCAGACUGGUCCGAAUGUGUGCAUGUGCCCUCUGUGCAUAUUCAGCCGUUCCCCACUGAAGACCGGAGAGCUCAGCCCGCCACUGAGGACUGCUCUGCAGCUCCCACUGCUCAGGCCACUGAGUGGGUAGAAACAACCACUGAGUGGUCUUAAGCUGUUCUUCCAUACUCUUAAAAUGGAAAUAGGUUGAUGGAAAAUAAACA